ACAACUGUUAAAAGAUUAGGAUCUCUCUGUAUUUUUUGGGGUCAACAAUUAGCAGUAAAGUGAGUUUCCUUAAACAAAUUCAGCUUAAAAAAUUCACGAAAAAAAAUCCCUUUUUUCUUACAAAAACAACGAAAAAAAGAAAGAGAAUGUAAUGUUUGAAGCUUUGGUUAUAUAACCGGUUUUAAACGAGAUUAACGGCGCCGGACCUGGUUCUGUCGUGAGACGAAAAUGGUGCCACCGGUUCAGACUUCAAUCCCUAUCACCGGUUCAAUCUCUUUUACUAUUCCUUGUUUAAUUUCUUACCUUAUUUUUUUAUUGCUAUUUCUCUGAAAGUUUCUAUUUUUCUUUAUGAUAAGUUGAUUUGUCAGUGCUUGAAAAGGAAAGAGACAGAGUGUUCAAAGUCCACCACUUUAGUUUUUGACCAACCUUGAUUGAUUAAUUAAUUAAUUAAUUAAGAUUUUUUUACUAAUUAUUGAUUCAAACUUUCAUUUUUGUCUAUUUUGUCAACUGAAAGAAAUUGAGAAAUUAAAAAACACACAGAGUAGAUGAAGAAAAGUUGAUAGAGAUUUAAACCAAAAAGAAAAAGUACGAGUUUUUGUCUGUCAAGGUAAGAGCUUCAUUGGGUUCUAAGUAAGAAAUUAUUUUUAUUAUUAGUUCUUUUAUUUUUGUUAAAUUCUCAUUGAAUAUUAUGUAUAGUAGAUAAUAUGAGAAUUGGGUUUAGGGUUUUAUGAGCCAUGGUGGAUCAGAGAAAUAUAGGGGUAGCUUUAGUUUUAUUUUAUCUAUUGUUGUUGUCGCUGUUGUUCAAGCCUACAGUCGAGCAGCGACUGAGUUCGAGUAUCGAGUUUACAGCUUUGUUUGAACUUAGAUCAUCUUUGGGGCUUACAAGUAGGGAUUGGCCUAGAAAAGUUGAUCCUUGUUCGAGUUGGAACGGUAUACGAUGUGAAAACGGUAGUGUUUUCGGGAUUAACAUAUCCGGGUUUAGAAGGACCACGGUCGGUAGACAAAACCCGCGGUUCGCCGUCAAUUCCCUUGUGAAUUUUACGCGUUUGGUCUCUUUUAAUGCCUCUAAGUUCUUGCUUCCUGGUUCGAUCCCGGAUUGGUUUGGCCGACGGUUGUUGACACUACAAGUGUUGGACCUUAGGUCUUGUAAUAUCACUGGUGUUAUACCUUCGAGUAUUGGGAAUUUGAGUAACUUGAGUAUUCUGUAUUUGUCAGAUAAUAGGCUUACCGGGGCGAUUCCUUCGAGUUUGAGUCGAUUGUUAAGCCUUUCGGUUCUUGAUCUUUCAAAGAAUUUGCUUACCGGGUCGAUUCCUCCAGGCAUUGGGGCACUUUCGCGACUACAAAUCUUGAAUCUUUCAAGCAAUAGUUUAAAGUUUUCGAUACCUGCACAACUUGGGGACCUCGAUAGCUUGGUUGACCUUGAUCUCAGCAAUAACAGUUUGUCAGGGUUGAUACCGGAAGAUCUUAGUGGUUUACGGAAUUUGCAGAGAAUGGUCUUAGGGAACAACGGUCUCACUGGUUUGUUGCCGGUCAAUUUGUUCCGAUCUCCAAGUUUGUUGCAGGUUAUAGUCCUUAGAAACAAUAGUUUCACUGGUGAACUCCCUGAAGUAAUAUGGUCAAUAUCAGGGUUGAACCUGCUCGAUAUCUCUCACAAUAACUUCACCACCGAGCUGCCGAAUUUUGCUUCGUAUGAUAAUGCCACUGCUGCAGUACUCGACAUUUCCGGGAACAAGUUUUAUGGAAGUCUCACGACUGUACUCAGGCGGUUCAGUUCUAUGAAUUUGUCGGAAAACUAUUUUGAAGGCAGUGUUCCAGAUUUCGUGCUUGGCAAUACAUCACUCGGUACUAAUUGUCUCCAAAACGUGUCAAAUCAGAGGACUUUGACAGAUUGUGUAUCAUUCUAUGGCGAGAGGGGCCUGAGUUUCGAUAAUUUCGGGCCUCCAGCUCCCGAAAGUGGGAAGAGUAACAGCAACAGAAAUAGAAUUAUAUUGGCUGCAGUUUUAGGCGGAGCCGGAUUUAUCAUGCUACUAACGCUGUUUCUAUUGCUGGUCCUACGUGUCCGUACACGAAGGAGAGUAAGUCAUAGAGGGAUUGAUGUAGGACCAGUCUGUGCUGAAACAACACCUCCUUCACCUGGAUUAGCUAUUAAUUUUUCGAGCCUAGGUGAUCUAUUUACAUAUCAGCAACUUCUUCAAGCCACCGGUGAUUUCACCGAAGCGAACCUCAUCAAGCACGGCCAUUCUGGGGAUCUCUUCAAGGGUAUCUUAGAAAGUGGGCUUCCUGUUGUCAUCAAAAGGGUCGAUUUGCAAUCGAUUAAAAAGGAAGUGUACUUAUCAGAAUUGGAUUUCUUUAACAGAUUUACGCAUACACGACUGGUUCCCCUAUUGGGACACUGCUUGGAGAAAGAGAACGAAAAAUUCUUGGUUUAUAAAUAUAUGCCGAACGGGGACUUGUUGAGUUCUUUGUACAGGAAAAUCAAUUCGGAAACUGAUGGUUUACAGUCGUUAGAUUGGAUAACAAGAUUGAAAAUCGCUAUAGGAGCUGCCGAAGGCCUUUCUUAUCUUCAUCAUGAAUGCACACCACCGAUCGUCCAUAGAGAUGUUCGAGCUAGUAGUAUACUCCUCGAUGAUAAAUUUGAAGUACGACUAGGGAGCUUGAGUGAGGUCUGUCUUCAAGAAGACGAUGGCCGUCAAAAUGGAAUUACAAGAUUACUGCAGUUGCCACGGUCAUCAUCAGAACAGGGUUCUUCAGAUUCUUCUACGGCAUUAUGUGCAUAUGAUGUUUUCUGCUUCGGGACGGUUUUACUUGGACUGGUAACUGGUAAAUUAGACAUGAAUGCAUCAAGUGAAACCGAGAUGAAGGAAUGGUUAGAACAAACACUACCAUAUAUCAGUAUAUACGAUAAAGAACUUGUGACAAAAAUUUUAGACCCAUCUCUUCUCGUGGACGAGGAUCUAUUGGAAGAAGUCUGGGCCAUGGCCAUCGUUGCUGGAUCAUGUCUCAACUUGAAACCGUCUAGGCGACCCCUAAUGAGAUACAUUCUCAAAGCUUUGGAAAAUCCAUUAAGGGUAGUUAGGGAGGAUCAUUCAAGCUCCGCAAGGCUUAGAACAACAUCCUCAAGAGGUUCAUGGAACACUGCUCUUUUCGGUAGCUGGCGUCGAAGCUCUUCCGAUAUAGCAGCCUCCACCACUAGAGCUGAAGGUGGAGCCGACCAUACAUCCUCCCAUAAACACCAUUCGAAGGAGAUAUUCAUAUUCCCUGAGCCACCACCACAAGAAACCGAAAGACUCCCGUCGUAACUAGCAGAUUAGAUUUAGUUUGUUUCUUUUAUUCUUUUUUGUUAAUAAGACCUUUUGGCUGGUACCCGAAAAGGUAAAUCGGGUUUUUUCAAGACUUCCAAUAUGCACAUAUACGAUGGUUUUUUGUUCGGAUUCGAUUUUCAACAGCUUGUUUUCAGGGUUUAAAACAAGCUUUUUACAGUUUAAUCUGUAAUUGAUCUUUGUUUUUCUUUGUUAUGUAAAUUGUUUAGAUUACAAAUUGAGAAAAA